AUGUAUCUCACUACUUACUGCAUUUUCAGGUCUUUUCUUUUUAACAGGAGCUUUAAAUUACGCUGGCAAAUUUUUCCUACUUGUAAUUGUGUUGCUAUCAAAUAUAGCAUUGCUCUUUGAUGCCUUUAUAAGUGUACUCUUGAAGCUUUUAAAAUUAUAAAAAUUUUAAUUCUGGCUCUCAAACGAGGCAGAGUAGAGAUCGGAAUUGACGAAAAUUAUGAGUCAAAUAUAGACUUCUGCAACGUAGAGAAUUCAAAAAUUCAAGAUCAAAGCUAUAAUCUCGUGCCAAAUCAAACCAGAAUAGGUACUAAUACUGAAAACUUAGAGAAAUCUUUAAAUGAUCAGGAUAGCUUAUGCUGCGAAAAAGAUCCAUUUCCUUCAGAAGCAGGCAGUAUGUAA